AUGGCUGGCCAGAGGAGGAGAAACGCUUUGUGUUCUCAUCGGAGCUGCACGGGAAGUCUGCAUACAGCAAAGUGACCUGCAUGCCUCACCUUAUGGAAAGGAUGGUGGGUUCUGGCCUCCUGUGGCUGGCCUUGGCCUCCUGCAUUCUGACCCAGGCAUCUGCAGUGCAGCAAGGUUAUGGAAACCCCAGUGAAGCCAGUUUCUAUGGGCUGGACUUGGACUGCGGAGCUCCUGGCACCCCAGAGGCUCACGUCUGUUUUGACCCCUGUCAGAAUUACACCCUCCUGGAUGAACCCUUCCGAAGCACAGAGAACUCAGAAGAGCAACAGGGGUGCGAUAACAACAUGAGUGGCUGGUACCGCUUUGUAGGGGAAGGAGGAGUGAGGAUGUCGGAGACCUGUGUCCAGGUGGGCCGAUGCCAAACAGCCGCUCCCAUGUGGUUGAACGGGACCCACCCUGCCCUUGGGGAUGGCAUCAUCAACCACACUGCCUGUGCCCACUGGAGUGACAACUGCUGUCUCUGGAAGACGGAGGUGCUGGUGAAGGCCUGCCCAGGCGGGUACCACGUGUACCGGUUGGAAGGCACUCCCGAGUGUAGUCUGAGAUACUGCACAGAUCCCUCCACUGUGGAGGACAAGUGUGAGAAGGCCUGCCGCCCCGAGGAGGAGUGCCUUGCCCGCAACAGCACCUGGGGCUGUGUCUGCAGACAGGACCUCAAUAGCUCUGAUGUCCAUAGUUUGCAGCCUCACCUAGACUGUGGGGCCAGGGAGAUCAAGGUGAAGGUGGACAAAUGUUUGCUGGAAGACCUGGGUUUUGGGGAGGAGGUCAUUGCGUACCUGCGAGACCCAAACUGCAGCAGCAUCUUGCAGACAGAGGAGAGGAACUGGGUAUCUGUGACCAGCCCCGUCCAGGCUAGUGCCUGCAGGAACAUUCUGGAGAGAAAUCAAACCCAUGCCAUCUACAAAAACACCCUCUCCUUGGUCAGUGAUUUCAUCAUCAGAGACACCAUCCUCAACAUCAACUUCCAAUGUGCCUACCCACUGGACAUGAAAGUCAGCCUCCAAGCUGCCUUGAAGCCCAUUGUAAGCUUCCUGAACGUCAGUGUGGGCGGGGAUGGAGAGUUCAUUGUUAGGAUGGCCCUCUUCCAAGACCAGAACUACACGAAUCCUUACGAAGGGGAUGUAGCUGAACUGUCUGUUGAGUCCAUGCUCUAUGUGGGCGCCAUCUUAGAGCAAGGGGACACCUCCCGGUUUAACCUGGUGUUGAGGAACUGCUAUGCCACCCCCACUGAAGACAAGGCUGACCCUGUGAAGUAUUUCAUCAUCAGAAACAGCUGCUCAAAUCAACGUGAUUCCACCAUCCAUGUGGAGGAGAAUGGGAGGUCCUCGGAAAGCCGGUUCUCAGUUCAGAUGUUCAUGUUUGCUGGACAUUAUGACCUAGUUUUCCUGCAUUGUGAGAUUCAUCUCUGUGAUUCUCUUAAUGAACAGUGCCAGCCUUCUUGCUCAAGAAGUCAAGUCCGCAGUGAAGUACCGGCCAUUGACCUAUCCCGGGUUCUAGAUUUGGGGCCCAUCACUCGGAGGGGUGCACAGUCUUCUGGUGUCAUGAAUGGAACCCCUGGCACUGCAGGGUUCCUGGUGGCCUGGCCCAUGGUCUUCCUGACUGUCCUCCUGGCUUGGCUGUUCUGAGAGCUCCACUGAGCAUCUGGCCUUGAAGUUUGCGUUCUUCCCUCUGGCAAUGGCUCCCUUCACCACUUCUGCUUUCCACUCCAAUUCACACAGUCUUGGUAUUAACAGACUCAAAGCCAGGCUAGGUUUCGGGAACGGGAAGAACUUUCACCUUCUUUAAAACUCUCGGCUGGGCGCAGUGGCUCACACCUGUAAUUCCAGCACUUUGGGAGGCUGAGGCAGGUGGCUCACCUGAGGUCAGCAGUUCAAAACCAGCCUGGCCAAAAUGGUGAAACCCCGUCUCUACUAAAAAUACAAAAAUUGGCCAGGCAUGGUGGCAGGCACCUGUAAUCCCAGUUACUUGGGAGGCUGAGACAGGAGAAUCACUCGAACCCAGGAGGUGGAGGUUGCAGUGAGCUGAGAUUGUGUCAUUGCACUCCAGCCUGGGUGACAGGGCAAGACUCUGUCUCAAAAAAAAAAAAAAAAAAAAAAAAAAAAAAAAAGGCAACAUGGUGGGGUUCCUGUCAGUCUGUCCUGGGCUGCCCUUCUCAUUUGUUAAUGGGACCUUGUAAGCAAGCUUGCUAGGUGCCCUCUGUGGCUUUAGCCUUUACCGGAAGUGUGGUGCAUGUUUUUAACUCCAGGGAAGAGGUAUCCUGUCACUAGGGUAUGGGAUGAACAUGGAGAAGAAGAACCGGCCAUGAUUCCUUCCUAAGCAUCUCCUGUUCUGACUACUCAUGAAUUGAAGAGACUGACCCUUGCAUUCACUCUGCUUCCUCUGAUUGUUUGUAUCAUGGUUUUCAAAAAUCCCCAUGGGAACAUAUCAAAGGGCCACUUUUGGAGACUCUGCUCCAGGAAAAACUAGUCCCCAUAGCUCCCCUAUCCCCCACCAUACCACAGACAUGCUGUGACUUAGAGAACUACACAAACAUCCUUGGGACCUAGAUGCUGGAGGAAUGACUUGAUUUUGAUGCAGAAACUUCAUCACCCAAGGGAGUACCUCUCACUGUAAACGGUGCUGUGCUUGCUCUGAAGGAUUAAGCAACAAGUCCCAGCAGAAGCAAUGCACCAGUCCUGCUAUGGGGAUGUAACUGCAAAGCCUAGGAGAUGGGUGAAGUCCCUUUCUAGCGACCUUUAAUGAGUACUUCAAAGUACUCCACAAAGAUGCAACAAAUAGGGCAUCACACAUACCCAGGCAUUAAUACUCACGGGCAUAUAUAUAGACGCUGAAAUGUGUACACUGACUUAGGCCCUUCCCACAGCUACAGAUAAGGCCUCGCAAAGCUGACCUCAGAGACACAUCAGGAACCAAGGUAGACCAGCAGGUGCUGAGCCUGUGUAUCUGCUUGGAGGAGACGUUCCAACGUGCUGCCUUGUUAGAGAUGGUGUGGUUGCGAGAAACAGAAACCCACUACAAUUUCUCAGGCAAAAGGGGAGUUAAUUAUAAGGAUGUAGGAGCACAAAGUUCAAGCGCAAGAGAUACCUCCAGGCUGCACAAGCUCUGGGAGUGGGGCCUGGCAAGCCAAAAGAAGCCAAAGUUUGUCUUGCCUUCCGUCCCUCUUUCUGAAGCCACAUACCCUUUAUGACAGUGUAUCUUUGCAUUGCCUUUGUUUUCUUUUUCUGUCUCUAAAGCCAGCUUUUCCUGUUCACUCAUCCCUUGAUUAAAUAUGGACAUUCCAGCUUCA